AUGAUGCUGUUAAGCCUACCAAGGAGAGAUUUGAUCGCGUGCUACGUGAAAUAUGCAUUAUGGUCCAGUUAUGUCGAUCUUGAAGGCCCUACUUCUCUCCCAAUUGAAUGUAUUGAUCUCAAACGCAUACUCGGCCAAACGCCAUCAUUCCUUGGACAUGGGUUGAUCCCCGAAAACGAGUCAGUCCCAUUCAAGUGUAACGAGAGCUCAGGAACUCUUUACGUCAAUGGUCGUUCGACUUGGAAACCCUCCAACGGGACUUGCCAGCUGGGGCCUAAAGAAAUACACCGCACGGUUCUGCUUGCGACUCAAACUGCAAUGAAUGUAGAGCUCUCAGAUUCUGUCCCAUUCGCAGAAUGGCCUGGUGUUCAGGGUCUUGAGGGGUACGACGAGAGCAACUACAUCGCAGUAUUAUUUCUUGCCUGGGCGUAUAUGCUGAGUGCUCGAUGGUCCGAAUUAUUGAGUAGAUCUCCGGAGCACCGGUGUAUGAUUACCCGUAUUGAAGUAGACAUUGGUGAUAAUGCUACUGAUGAUGAAGUGCAUUGGUGGGAAGCAAUCUUGUCAGCUUAUGAAGGAUGGAGCAUAACGACAGUCUAUAACGGCAGGACGUAUGUCUCGCCUUGGGCUGUUGCAAUAUCAGGCGCCACAGAGUUAAGAACUAAACAGCGUUUAUAUGGUCAAUGCUCGGCGGCCUUGUCUGCAGCACUUUGCAUCCCUUUUGUUUGGACCAAGUCAAUAUCACUCCCUGCUCCGAAAAUGAGUACUACUUCAAAAUGCUCACUUGAGUUGCCAUAUUCUCCAUCAAUUCACACUUAUGAGUAUUAUGGCCCUCUUCCUCGCUAUAUGAUUUUAAGCUUUGAUGUGUGGGGCAUUCGAUCCCUGCUUCACACCGUAUUCUUCAACUCAGACAUCGAGUGUAACUUGGUGGCGGCGUGGAUGAGUUCAGCAUUCGACGUUAUAGAUCCAGUGACGCAGGAACGGAAUAUCGUAAAGCUUCUCAAAAUCCUUGCAAGACGUCUACCGAAGUUAGCGCCACUGUGGCUCGGAGCUAUGCUUCUUCACGCCGCGACAUGGACAGGCACAAUAGGGUCAUUCAUUACACUGAGCCCAGGUGUAAGUGAUGGCAAAGUGAUCAGACGCGAGGACGAAUGCCGACUACUUCAUAUCAUCGGCUGUGGUUCCUAUGCUAGACUUCCUGUGUGGCCAUGGAAGCCUUUCGGGGAAACUUUGCUUAAUGAUUCCGAGCUGGAGGCCCAAAAACAUGCCCAGUGUAAUUGCCAUUGUUUAGAGUACCAGGCAUGGUACUGGGAACUCGCAGACGGAAAAGACUUGGAAGCCCGUGGGGCUGAUGCCCAUCAGCCAGGUGACAACGUUACGCAGAUUGAUUCUGUGCUCAAGAGUGCUCCAAGUCAGUGUUCCAUUGAUUGCUUGUCAGAUGACUUGUCAGAGAAUCCAACACGAGGAAUAUUUGGAUGGUUAAGAUCAACUGGGUAUCCAGCAAAUGAAAGGCAUAUAUACAAGCAUCCUUGGUUCGACGUUGGAGACUCUGAUGAGGAUGAGAUUUUGGACAAUCAGGAGGAUGGUUGUAGAGUUAAUGAGGCAGCCAGACAUAAGGCAGUGGAGAAUUUGCUCGAUAGGAACUCAUGA